CCUGCUAUAUAAUGGCCCGGCGUCCGUCCCACCUUCUCGCCAGUGGAAUUUCAUCUCAGCUUCUGCACCUUCAGGGCAGACGAGAACAUAAACAUAAGCAAAAGCUGGCAGGCUGAGGGGAACGUGCAUCUUACAGGACGGAUUAUCUGGUAACUGACCAUUUAGCUGUGGCACACUCGGACUCCGUGUUACGUGGGAUUUUGACCAUGAGCUCAGUCGCUGUACUUACGCAGGAAAGCUUCAAUGAGCACCGCAGCGGGCUCUUGCCAGAGCAGAGUGGUGCUGCUGGGGCAGGACCCAGUGCUGGCGAGGAUGAGGAAGCCCUUCCUACCUACAAGGAAGCCUUCCCCCCUCUGCCUGAGAAGGCGGCCUCACCUGAGGGGACCCAGGAAGUUGCUCACACCUGGACAGCCAAAAUCCGCCCUAUCAAGUCUUCAAUCAUCACCCAGGUUUUCCAUGUGCCGUUAGAAGAGCGCAAGUACAAGGACAUCAACCAGUUCGGCGAAGGAGACCAAGCCAAGGUCUGCGUGGACAUCAUGCACAAGACUGGCGCCCACCUGGAGCUCUCCCUGGCCAAAGAUCAAGGGCUCUCCAUCAUGGUGUCCGGAAAGCUGGACGCCGUGAUGAAGGCCCGCAAGGAGAUCGUGUCCCGACUGCAGACUCAGGCCUCAGCUACUGUCGCCAUCCCCAAGGAGCACCAUCGCUUUGUCAUCGGCAAAAAUGGGGAGAAGCUUCAGGAGCUCGAGCUCAAGACUGCCACCAAAAUCCAGAUCCCACGACCUGAAGACCCCAGCAACCAGAUCAAGAUCUCUGGUACCAAGGAGGGCCUGGAGAAGGCCAAGCAUGAGAUUCUGCUGAUCUCUGCUGAGCAGGACAAGCGUGCGGUGGAGAGAGUGAACAUCGACAAGGUGUACCACCCUUUCAUCACUGGUGCCUACAACAAGGUGGUGGGAGAGAUGUCCCAGGACACCGGUGCCCGCAUCAACGUCCCCCCUCCGAGCGUCAACAAGACGGAGAUCGUCAUCACUGGGGAGAAGGAGCAGGUGGCCCUUGCUGUGGCUAUGAUCAAGAAGAUUUAUGAAGACAAGAAGAAGAAUGCUACCACCAUCGCAGUGGAAGUGAAGAAGUCUCAGCACAAAUAUGUGAUUGGCCCCAAGGGAAACACUCUGCAGGAGAUCUUGGAUAAAACUGGUGUCUCAGUUGAGAUCCCACCGUCUGACAGCAGCUCAGAAACUGUCAUCCUUCGUGGGGAGCCGGACCGUUUGGGUCAGGCGCUCACCGAAGUUUACGCCAAGGCAAACAGUUACACUGUUUCCUCGGUUUCAGCUCCCUCUUGGCUUCAUCGCUUUAUCAUUGGCAAGAAAGGCCAGAACUUGGCAAAGAUUACCCAACAAAUGCCCAAGGUGCACAUUGAGUUCACCGAGGGAGAAGAUAAGAUCACCCUGGAGGGCCCUACCAAAGACGUGCAAAUGGUGCAGAGCCAAAUUCAAGCAAUUGUUACUGAUUUGGUAAGCCGGAUGGACUAUGCAGAGAUUAGUGUGGAUCCUAAAUUCCACCGUCACCUGAUUGGGAAAGGAGGCGUUAACAUCAACCGCAUCAAAGAGCUACACAAGGUGACCGUCCGUAUCCCUCCCGAUAACGAGAAGAGCAACCUCAUCCGCAUCGAGGGGGAUCCCCAGGGUGUGCAGGAAGCCAAGAAGGAGCUGCUGGAGCUUGCGUCGCGCAUGGAGAACGAGCGUACAAAGGACUUGAUCAUUGAACAGCGUUUUCACAGAGCCAUCAUCGGCCAAAAAGGGGAGAAGAUAAAAGAAGUGCGAGACAAGUUCCCAGAGGUCAUCAUCAAUUUUCCGGACCCAGCACAGAAGAGCGACAUCGUUCAACUCCGGGGACCACGCACUGAGGUGGAGAAGUGCUCCAAGUUCAUGCAGAAGAUUGUGGCUGAAAUGGUGGAGAACAGCUUUUCUGUCUCAGUCCCCAUCUUCAAGCAAUUCCACAGAAACAUAAUUGGAAAAGGAGGCUCCAACAUCAAGAAGAUUCGUGAGGAAACGAACACUAAGAUCGACCUGCCUGCUGAGAACAGCAACUCUGAGAUGAUCAUCAUCACUGGAAAGAAGGCAAACUGCGAGGCGGCGCGGAAUCGCAUCCUGGCCAUCCAGAAGGAGCUUGCAAACAUCACAGAAGUCGAUGUGUCCAUUCCCUCAAAGUUGCACAACUCCCUGAUCGGGUCGAAGGGCCGCCUGGUGCGCUCCAUCAUGGAGGAGUGCGGCGGCGUGCACAUCCACUUCCCCACGGAGGGCUCCGGCAUCGAUAAAGUCACCAUCAGGGGCCCCGUGGAGGAGGUGGAGAAAGCCAAGCAGCAGCUGCUCGCCCUGGCAGAGGAGAAGCAAACGAAGAGCCACACCGCCGAGCUGCACGCCAAGCCCGAAUAUCAUAAGUUCCUCAUUGGAAAAGGUGGAGGAAACAUCCGUAAGGUUCGCGACAGCACUGGGGCCAGAAUCAUCUUCCCUACGGCCGAGGACAAAGACCAGGAGCUCAUCACAGUGGUCGGCACCGAGGAAGCGGUGCGGGAGGCCCAGAAGGAGCUGGAGGAGCUCAUCAGGAGUCUGGACAACGUUGUUGAGGACACUAUGACUGUUGACCCCAAGCACCAUCGCUACUUCGUGGCUCGCCGCGGCCAGGUCCUCCGGGACCUCGCCGAUGAGUAUGGCGGAGUUAUGGUGAGCUUCCCUCGCACAGGUUCUCAGAGUGAAACCGUCAUCCUGAAAGGAGCCAAGGACUGUGUGGAGGCAGCCAAGAAGCGCAUGCAGGAGAUUGUGGAGGACCUGGAUGCUCAAGUGACCGUGGAGUGUGUGAUUCCUCAGAAGUUCCACCGUUCUAUCAUGGGUCCCAAGGGCUCAAGGAUCCAGCAGAUCACCAGAGAUCACAACGUGCAGAUAAAGUUCCCAGAACGCGAGGACCCACAAGCUGCUCCUGCAGCAGAAACUGCAGUUCAGGAGAACGGAGAAGCCAGUGAAGAAGUGAGGGAGCCGGCUGAUCCAAACGCGCCGAAGAAGUGUGAUGUGAUUGUUAUUUCUGGCCGCAAGGAGCGGUGCGAGGCUGCUGUGGAAGCACUGAAGGCCUUGGUUCCUGUCACUAUUGAGGUGGAAGUGCCUUUUGAGCUGCAUCGAUACAUCAUUGGACAGAAAGGAAGUGGAAUUCGUAAGAUGAUGGACGAAUUUGAGGUUAAUAUUCAAGUGCCUGCUCCUGACCAGCAGUCUGAUAAAAUCUCCAUCACCGGCUUGGCCAAUCACCUUGACCGCGCCAAAGACGGCCUUUUGGAGCGUGUCAAAGAGCUGCAGGCUGAGCAGGAGGAUCGGGCUCUCAGGAGCUUCAAGCUGACCAUCACUGUGGACCCCAAGUAUCACCCCAAAAUCAUCGGCCGCAAGGGCGCCAUCAUCACAAACAUCCGCACGGAGCACGACGUCAACAUCCAGUUCCCGGAGAAGAACGAUGAAAACCAGGAUCAGAUUACUAUUACAGGGUAUGAGCACAAAGCCAUAGCUGCACGGGACGCCAUCCAGGCCAUUGUGGACGACCUGGAGGGGAUGGUCUCUGAGGACAUCACCCUGGACAGCAGGGUCCACGCCCGAAUCAUCGGGGCCCGCGGCAAGGGCAUCCGCAAGAUCAUGGAUGAGUUCAAGGUUGAUCUCAGGUUUCCCCAAAGUGGCGCAGCAGACCCGAACACUGUGACGGUGACGGGCCGCCCUGAGCUCGUGGAUGAAGCCAUCGACCACCUCCUGAACCUGGAAGAGGAAUACAUGGCGGAUGUGGUGGAAAACGAAGCGAAGAUGGCUUACAUGAGGCCCCCGAGCAGCAGCGCUGCUGCCGGCGAUGAACAGCGCGGCCCAUCCAAAGGCUUUGUGGUGAGGGAGGCUCCCUGGACUAACACCAAUGAGAAGGCUCCUGACAUGAGCAGCUCUGAAGACUUCCCGAGCUUCGGAGCCCCUGUGGCCGCAAAGGCCUCACCCUGGGGACCAAAGCGCUUCUAAGCCGUGCUGCUUAUUACGUCGGCCUGAACCCGAAUCGGACACAAUCUUCCCUCUACCCAAGUCAUUUCCCCCCCUUGCCUCCCUCCCUCCCUCCCUCCCAGCCACUCCACCUCUGACUGGACUGACCGCUGACCCCUUUCUCUUCAUUCCUCUUGAUCAGCCCUCCCACAUUCAUCCGUCUCAAAGUGCUGUCGGAUACUGUAAUUGACUCGUGAGCUUUGUGUCCUGCAUUAUAUAAGAAUAAGGUUUCAUAAGGAGGACAAAACUAGGCAGGUGCAGUGGUGAAGUCAGUCUGUGAAAGACUGUGUGUAGACGUUGCUUAAAGCUAACAUUUCAUUGUGGGUCGAACUGUCAAAUCAAAUUCAGCGGUGGCCAGACUUCGAUGUGUUUCUUUGAGCUGCCCUUCUCUUAGUUGCCUUCGCAGGUCGGGCUGAAGGGGUUGAAUUAGCGCCGGCGACGUACUGAGACACACCGGCGGUUGUUCGAGCAUCCCUCCUCCCACCUGCUUUUAUCCAUGUAGCCAAGUGAAAACUGUCCGGUCAUUGAACCCUUCCCUUUCAAGCACAGUGUAGUGGUUGUCCUCCGUCGGCGUCCUUCCGUUUGCUUCUGACUGUGCUUGUGAGAACAUGGGUGAGUAGCGGCAUGUACCUUGUAGCCUUAUGAAUGGGGCAUAACUACAAAACGGGGCGUGGGGAUCGGAGGGACGUGUUCAGCCACUUGCAGAGAGGCACCUGCUCUAACUGCCAGAUGCUCGGAGAUCGCGCCAAAACUUGAAGAGAAAAAAACGGGAGGAAGAAGAAAACAAGGAAAUUGAAAAAAAAAAAAAAAAAAGAAACUCUUACAACACUAGGCCUAGAGCUCCAGUGCAUCACAGCCUCACACUAACUGUUCAAUGGACUGUUUUCCACAUAUUAAAAAAAAAAAAUCACUCUGCAGUAGGACAUUGUGCGAUUGUGUGCAAAGACAGCAAACCA